UCUCUCUGCGGGGCCGAUCGACAGACAGAAAGAAGGAAAGAAACAGAAGGCUUCAUCUUAUGGCAAUUUCGUAAUUCUUAUCUGAAGCCGGUUGUUUUCUUUUCCGUUACAAAAAGAAGAAGAAACCACUCUCAAUUUAGAUUUCUAGGGUUUCUGAUUUUCGAAUUUUGAAUUUAGGGUUAUAAAUAAUAAUAAUUGUUAUUUGGUGGGUAGGAGGAUAAAGUUUGGUUAUUUAUACUUUUUUGGAUUUAGGGGUUUUCUUCAAUCACACUGUUUUUUUUUUAAACUUUAAUUAUUCUUUGCUUUUUUCUAAAUUGUGUUUGGGUUUGGGAUCUUAAUCGAAAUUGAUUGAUUUUAUUGUAAGAGUGAUGACAUAUUAUGAUGGUAAGGAUGAAGUGGUAACACCAUUGUUAAUAAAAGUGAAAAUGGAUCGAGAAGAUGAAGAUUAUGUGACGCUGAGAAGUUCUGAUAAUGAAGUUGAAGAGAUUUUGAAACCACCAUUAUCACCUAGGAAAGGGGUUAAUUGGUGUUGGUGGUUCAAGAUGGGUUUAUUAGGGAUUGUUAUUGCUACUGUUGCUGUUGUUUUUCUCAUCUGGGUUGGACCUUUCCUUCUCAAUAAGGAGAUUGUUCCAAUCCUGGACUGGGAAAUGAGAACAUUCAGUCCUAAGGUGCUGGCGGCUCUAUUGUUUGCUUCUAUGACAUUAUUCCCUGCCCUGUGCAUUCCAUCUUCCCCUUCUAUGUGGGUAGCUGGCAUUAGUUUUGGUUAUGGAUAUGGAUUUCUGUUAAUUCUAGCUGGGUUUAGUAUCGGCAUGUCAAUUCCGUUCUUCAUUGGUUCUCUCUUUCAUCAUAAAAUCCAGGUGUGGUUGGCAAAAUGGCCAGACAAAGCUGCUAUCAUAAGAUUAGCCGGUGAAGGAGAUUGGUUUCAUCAAUUUCGAGCUGUCGCCUUACUUAGAAUUUCACCUUUUCCAUUUAUCAUAUUCAAUUACGCUUCUGUUGCCACUGGUGUUAAAUAUUGUCCGUAUAUACUUGGGUCGCUGGUAGGAGUGGUGCCGGAAAUCUUUGUUUCAAUCUACAGUGGGAUUUUAGUUGCAAGCUUGGCAGAUGCCACACAAGGUCACCAGUAUCUUUCGACAUCUCAAAUUAUCUACAACGCCAUUGGAUUCGUUUUAACAGUUGGUGCAACAGUUUUUAUCACACUCUAUGCAAAGAAGACGCUCAAGAAACUACAAGAUGAAGAAGAGACGCUGUUAAGAUGAAGAAUGCUGAUGUAGGGUUAAUUUUUGACUGAUGGGAGUUUGGAUUAUUAUAUGCAGCAAUUUCACUGCCGGGGUCUGCAACUUCUCUCGAAGUGCGACACACACCUGCAUUUGGGUGGUGGUGGAAUCCCCAAAGUUUUCGGACUCUGCGCCUUUAUAACCUGAAUGAUGUUUAAAGUGUGCCAACCUGCUACAUAUAUUUGCCUGCAACACGCUUGGCGCAUAAAAGGGUCAAAUGGUAUGUCACUUGAACCACGUCCUGAUUGAACAUUGAUUUAUAUUAACCAGUGUGUAAUGUGUAUAUGUUAUUUUGGUGCAAGUGAUGAAAGGAAUUUGUACAUGAUGGUUUAUAGGUUUCAUCGUCUCUAAUUGAGACAAAGAAAUAGAAAGACUGAAACAACUAUGAGGGCCACUGACAAUGUUUUCUCUUACAGCAA